AUGACAAAGGCCUAUGAUAGAGUUUCUUGGCUCUUCCUCUGCUUAGGCUUGAAGAGAAUGGGUUUUGCUAGCACUUGGGUAGACCUUAUUCUUAGAUACAUUUCCAGUAACGGGUACUCCAUUAUUGUUAAUGGGAGUAGGCAUGGGUUCUUCAAGUCCGGAAGGGGAUUGAGGCAGGGUGACCCAAUCUCCCAUUCCCUGUUCAUUCUUAGUGUUAAACUCUUGUCGCAGCUUCUCAAUGACCUCAAAAGGCAACCUGGCUACAAAGGUUUUUACAUAAAAUCCAGGGGUCCACAAAUCAAUCACCUCUUCUUUGCAGAUGAUGCCAUCCUAUUCUGCAAUGGAGGGAAGAAACCUUUGAAAAUGAUACCGGAAGCCCUGAAAACUUAUGAAGGUCUAUCUGGGCAGCUUAUCAACAAUUCUAAAAGUUGCUUUGCUGUAGCAGAUAACACCAGCCCUGGCUGCAUCGUUAGGAUUCAAAAUAUCACUGGAAUGAGGCACCAAAAGUUCCCUAUAAAAUACCUAGGGUGCCCCAUCAUUACGGGAAGAAAGAAAAUUUCCCACUUCUCGGAUAUUGUUACAAAGGUGAUGAUUAAUAGGAUUAAAGGUUGGCACACCAAUCUUUUAUCAACUGGAGGUAGAUCAAUUUUGAUAAGACAUGUUCUAUUAACUCUACUUAUUCACUUACUCUCAGUUGUGACACCUCCUAUUGGCAUCAUGGAAAUCAUUGAAAAAUAUUUGACGAGAUUUUUCUGGUCUGGUCUUGAAAGUGGAGGAAAGCAUCACUGGGCAUCUUGGGAAAAUCUUUGCUACCCUCACAAUUAG